AUGGCAACCCAAUUUCGACCAAUGACUCUUACGUCAAUCGAUCAUAUGAUGCCGAUAUGCUACAUCUCAUUUUUUUACUCGUUGUCGCUGAAAACCCCUGCCCAAGGUGUCAACGUCCUCGGUGAAGCCCUCAAUCGUCUGGUGAAAGAAUGUCCAUUUCUCGCAGGAAACGUGGGCCGGUCGAGCGAGAAUGACGCCGCCAGGAAGAAUGUCCUCGAGAUUCAGCCGGCUUCGAUAGACACAUUCACUCAGUAUCCAUUGCUGCGGGUCAGUCCGCAUGAAUGCCAAUCCAUCACCGAUCGAGACCCGGCGGACGGUCUGUUCGAUGACGCAUAUCGCGCACUCCCAUUAUCAUUGGCUACUCAUUUCCCAUGUCCGAUCAUCCGCUGGCAGGCUAAUGUCAUGCGGGAUGGAAUCGUUAUCGCUGUGUCUUUUCAUCACUCCGUCCUUGAUGCAGGUGGCUUUUACAUGAUACAGCAGGCUUUGGCCCGCCUCUGUCGAAACCCGAAUAGCUCCUACCUGGGGAUCAGUCUGGAGUCGUCACUUCUUCAGGGUCGACAUUGCUUGUCUCAGAUACAGAGUAUCAGCCCUUGCGCCGGUCUCCAACGAGAAGAUGAGAGCAUUAUCCGCAUGGCCGAUUUUGACCUCCCAGCCAAUUUAAUCAGUUACCGACUGACUCUCCUGCAUCGCAGAAUUCAAUCCCUACAGGAUUCGUGUAAUGCGCAAAUCUCGACGGAGUCAAAUGGACAGCAUUUGUCGCCCAACGAUGUCAUUUCGGGUCUCCUAUGGCGAUCUAUCAUCUUGGCUCGAUCGCCGUUGAAACUAUCACCAAGUAUCGACUCUUGGGACGAACAAAGCACUUUAAUCCUCAUAUCCGAGAUCCGUCGCACGUUGAUGCCAGCUCUCCCUCGUUCCUAUCUGGGCAAUGCCAUUGUACAGCAGGUGGCGAACACAUAUACUAAAGCGGUGCUAGAACCAUCGACGCCCGAACCUAACGAGCUGGUCCAGCUGACGCGCCUCGCGCAAAAGGUUCACGAUGCAUCAACGCAGGUGACCGAUCUCCGUGUCAAGUCACUCCUCCGGCAAAAACAGGGUACUCUCGAUUGGCGUCCCCAGUUCAUGCAAGGAGACGUCAUGUCGACGAGCCUCCGCCGGAUGCCAAUUUAUGACCUCGAUUUUGGGACUGUCCUCGGUAAAGUGGUUGGCUUUGAUAGUCCAGAUAAUCGGAUUGAUGGCACCGUGUGCAUUCUACCAGCGUCUUCAUUGCCGCUUGAUUCCCUAUGGGACAUCCGCAUCACGCUGCCUCCCAAUGUGCUUAGUCGACUGCGGCAAGACCCCCUACUCCAGUGGGCAAUGGGUCGGGACGUACAUCCCCGAUUAUGA